AUUGCGCAUGCAAUUAAAAGAUAUAUUAGAAUUGGAUAUGAUUUUACCGAAGGAACAAAUAUUGAAGAAGCACUUCAAAAUCUAAGUGGAACAUCCAUAGCAUAUAUAGAACCAAAUCGUAAUCAAAAUGACAUAGAACUAAAUUCAAAAUUAUUGAA